UAUCUCUCACAUUCACAGAUUCUUGGAAAUAUUUUCAGUGAAGGACUCGGUGAGCGGGAAUUCUCACGGAAGGACUCGGUUACUGGGAAUUCUCACGGAAGGACUCUCCGGCUAGCUAUAAAUACUUUCACAUUUUCCCCCACACCCUCACCAUGCUAUUACAAUCGCCACCGCCUCCGACGUUUCUCCCCAAUCGGUCUUUUAGAUUGCUCGUCGACUCCGCAGGAUGACCAUCCUCGUUCAGCAGCCCGACUUUGGAGCGGUUGAGGCCGAGGAGAAGGUCUCUGAAUCUGGCGAGGAAAAUGAGUUGGUGUUGGAUGGUGGGUUUGUGGAGCCUCCGACGAACGCAUUCGGCCACACUUUCAGGGAUUAUGAUGUUAGCAGCGAGCGGCGAGAUGGGGUCGAGGAGUUCUACAGAAUCAAUCACAUUUACCAGAGCGUCGACUUUGUGAAGCGGAUGAGGGAAGAAUAUGGAAAACUGGAUAAGGUGGAAAUGAGCAUAUGGGAAUGCUGUGAACAUCUCAACCAAGUUGUGGAUGAGAGUGAUCCGGACUUGGAUGAGCCCCAGAUCGAGCAUCUCUUGCAGACCGCGGAAGCUAUCAGAAAGGACUAUCCUAAUGAAGGAUGGCUGCACUUGACUGCCUUGAUCCAUGAUCUUGGCAAGGUUCUUAAUCUUCCUGCUUUCGGGGAGCUUCCUCAGUGGGCUGUUGUAGGUGACACAUUUCCUGUCGGGUGUGCCUUCGAUGAGUCAAUUGUUCAUCACAAGCAUUUCAAGGAAAAUCCUGACUACAACAAUCCUGCUUAUAAUACUAAGUACGGAAUCUAUUCCGAGGGCUGCGGACUUGACAAUAUACUAAUGUCAUGGGGCCACGAUGACUACAUGUACUUGGUGGCCAAGGAGAACAAAAGCACUCUCCCUUCGGCUGGUCUUUUCAUUAUCAGAUACCAUUCAUUUUAUGCUUUACACAAGGCAGGAGCAUAUAAGCACUUGAUGAAUGAAGAGGACAUUGAGAACUUGAAGUGGCUCAAAGUAUUCAACAAGUAUGACCUUUACAGCAAGAGCAAAGUUCGCAUCGGUGUUGAGAAAGUCAAGCCCUACUAUAUCUCUCUGAUUGAGAAGUACUUUCCUGCAAAGCUGAGAUGGUGAAGGUGAAAUUGGGAGAGCUCGAAAGUUGGAUCAGUGAAUAAAGCAGAUGGGUGGUAGUUGAAUAAAGGCGCUGAUUUGGGAGGACUUUCAUUGCCUUUUCUUUUUUCUUUGUUCCCUUUGUUCCCUUUGUUGUCCCUUUUAUGUUGGUUUGCUUUCGGGGAGGUGCUUUACCUUUACCCUGACUGGUAUAUGUCGGAGUGUAAUUAGGAUGCUACCUCUGCAGUUAUUCCAUUGCGCUUUGUUUUCUCA